UCUCUCUCUCCCCCUCCCCGCCCUCCUUCCCGGCUUUUCUUCCCGCCGCGGCAACUGUAGCCUCGGCAACAAGCUGGUGGUUCCCAGCCUUACACUCAAAACCCCACAGGAAGAGGUUAAAGGAGCAAGGAAGGGCAGGUCCUCCAGCAGCCUAGAGCGGCAAAGAUUAAAGAACUGGGUUGGCAGCGCGCUGCUUCCUAUCGCGAUCGGGCUGGCCGCCGUUCGGCAAUGAGCGCCCGGGAGGAGGAGUUCGGCCCUUCGGCCCUGGGCACCAAAGAGCAUUGGGAUGCAGCAUAUGAACGUGAACUGAAAAAUUUUAAGGAAAAUGGUGCUCCUGGUGAGAUCUGGUUUGGUGAAGAAAGCAUGACUCGUUUAAUUAGAUGGAUAGAAAAGCAAAAGAUACCCCUGGACAGCUCUGUGCUUGACAUUGGAACAGGAAACGGUAUUCUGCUGGUUGAAUUGGCCAAAUCUGGUUAUACCAAUCUUACAGGAGUUGACUAUUCUUUGCCUGCAGUGCAGCUUUCAAAAAGCAUAAUGGAAAAAGAAGGGUUGCCUCACAUUAAGUUGCAGGUAGAAGAUAUUUUAAAUCCAUCAGAUGCUUUAUCAGACUUUCAGGUCUGCAUUGAUAAAGGGACUUUUGACGCAAUCAGUCUGAACCCAGACAAUGCGGCACAGAAGAGGAAGCAAUAUGUGAAUUCCCUGCACAGAGUGUUGAAGCCUGGAGGCUUUUUCAUUGUAACAUCUUGUAACUGGACCAAAGAGGAGCUGCUCAAAGAGUUCAAAGAAGCAGGCUUUCUUCUUCUGGAGGAACUGCCAACACCCACAUUCUGCUUUGGAGGAAGAACUGGAAACAGUGUAACUGCUUUGGUUUUCCAACAGAAAAUAUGAAGUUUUCAUUUUAGGUGAACUUUGGAUAAAGACUUCAUUCUAAAUUUCACUGACAUUUUGUAUAAAAAAUACAGGUUUCAGAAGCAGCUUUCUCUCAACUACUCCUUAUUGCAGUAUGUCAUUAUAUCAGCAUUUUAUACUACCUCAAAUAGUGUUGGCGCAAAUUAGGAACAGCUACCAAUAUUACUGAUGAGACCACACCCAUAAAGGUGAUUUAAUAAAC